GUUUGAAAACAGAUGCCGUUUCGUUUAGAGGGGAGCAGUGUCUUUUGUUUUUAUCGUUCUGAAUUGUUAUUAUGUGAAUAUAAGUAUUGUAAUAUUGCGUGAUUUAUAGUUUUGAUUUACACGAUCAGUUUUAUUGCAUUGUACAAGAAAAUCAAAUGUUUUAGCGAUUGGUAACAUUAUGUAAUUUGUAACAUAAAUAAUAAUUAGGCAUAGCAACCCGGUUUCAUGCCAUACCUUGAUUAAACAUAUCAAAGUUGUGGUUGUAAUGAAUGAGGAAAUAAUGUAGAUUUGAAAAUAGAGUAUUUGUUUUUCCAAAUUAAUAAAUCGAGCCAACUCCAGUAUUAUUACAGGUUUUUGAAUUACAGAGAUUAAUUAGAAUUAAACAUCCAAAAUGGCUUUAGAUUUUGAUGUGCUCGAGUAUUGUCGUAAACUUAGAACUUCAAAACAGCCUCCUUAUACGUGUCCAAUUGUUGAAUGUAGUAAAACUUACAAAAGUAUGUGUGGAUUGCAAUAUCAUUUAGUAAAUUUCGAUCACAACAAUUGUAAAGAUGACAGUCCUGCUGUACAGAAAGCAACACCACAGGAGACACCUGCUAGAAAGUCGAAAAAGAAGAAGGGACGGACACACAAUACUCCAACUGUCAAAACUCAAACUCCUACACGGCAGCCUUUAUCAUAUUCAGAAGCACAGAAGUAUGUGGAGUUUGAAGUAGAUGAUAAAAUUCACAGGCUUUUGAUAGAUGAAGUGAUUCCUGUAAUUUCAAGACAUAAUUAUGAGUUAUACAGACCAAAGGGAUCCUCAAGUUCAUCUUGUAAAAAUGUUAUAAAACUGCCUGAUUUGUCCAAAUUACCUCAGCCUAAGUUCAGGAUUAUCGAUGACUAUAAUAUACCUGAUGCGCCACCAAGACCUGCAGGUUAUAUUAGAUUUAUAGAGAAAAGUGUUGAAGAUAUGGAAGGAGAGGUAGAAUACGAUAUGGAUGAAGAAGAUUCUGCAUGGCUCGAGAUUAUGAAUUCAAAGAGAGCUGAAAAUGGAUUAGCAGAUGUUACUGUUGAUGCUUUCGAACUUCUUAUGGAUCGUCUAGAAAAAGAAUCUUUUAUGCAGACAAGUAACAAACCUGGUGAAGGAUCUGCUGUGAUUGACGAUGAUGCUGUUUGUUGCAUCUGUACUGAUGGCGAAUGUCAAAAUUCAAAUGUUAUAUUGUUCUGUGAUAUGUGUAAUUUGGCUGUUCAUCAAGAUUGUUAUGGUGUUCCCUAUAUUCCUGAAGGACAAUGGCUAUGCAGGAGGUGUUUGCAGUCACCAUCGCGAGCAGUUGAUUGUGUACUUUGCCCUAAUAAUGGAGGGGCAUUUAAGCAAACUGAUCGCGGUCAUUGGGCUCAUGUUGUUUGCGCUCUUUGGAUUCCAGAAGUUCGAUUUGCUAAUACAGUUUUUCUUGAACCAAUUGACAGCAUUGAAACGAUACCUCCUGCUCGAUGGAAAUUGACCUGCUAUUUGUGUAAGCAAAGAGGUGUUGGAGCAUGUAUACAGUGCCAUAAAACGAAUUGCUACUCAGCUUUUCAUGUAACUUGUGCACAACAAGCUGGACUGUACAUGAAGAUAGAUGCUGUUCGUGAUGCUCAAUCAACUGCUGCUGAAACUGAAAAUGCUCCAGUUUUGGUUCACAAAAUAGCUUAUUGUGGUACUCAUACACCAGCUGAUGCUGAAAAGCCUAAGGCUAAAGCUCAGAAAAAAUUGUUGACUAAAGCGACUUCUGCACCUGUGAUAUCCAUUCCUACUAUUCCUCCAGAAAGAAUUCAAGAAAUUGGUGCUUUAGUUAGUAUGCCCAAAAAGAACCAAUUCAUCCAGCGACUUAUUGCUUACUGGACAUUGAAAAGACAAAUGAGGAAUGGAGUUCCUCUUUUACGGAGGUUACAGACAUCUCAUUUAUCUCGGAGAGACAAUCCUUCUGUUUUCGCCCACAGUGUUGAUGACAUUGCCGAAUUAAAAAAUCAACUAAAAUAUUGGCAAUGUUUACGUCAAGAUUUAGAGAGAGCCCGACUUCUUUGUGAACUGGUCCGCAAAAGGGAAAAGCUAAAAAGGGAGCUAGUUAAAGUUAAGGCGCAAUGUCUAGAAAUGGAACUUUGUCCCCUGGUUAGUUUCUUACGCCGUCUUUUGGAUUUAAUUAGAGCUCGAGAUACUGGAGAAAUUUUUAUUGAGCCAGUUGAUCAAACAGAAGUUCCUGACUAUAGUGAUGUUGUUAAGAAUCCAAUGGAUCUUUCUACGAUGAGAACAAAAAUUGAUACAUUCCAGUAUAAUACAUUACAAGAAUUCGAAAAUGACUUUUAUCUCAUGAUCAAUAACUGCUUAGCAUAUAAUUCUAAAGACACAGUAUUUUACAGAGCUGCUUUAAAAAUGAGGGAUCAGGGAGGUGCCUUAUUAAAGCAGGCUCAUAUAGAUUUAGAAAUAUCAGGUAUUGAUACUGGUCAUAUUUCAAUGCCAUUUCCUGAGUCAGAAGAUAACGAUAGUGAGCAAGAGAAUACAAAAGAUAACAGUGAUGGAAACGAAGAAGAAGAUAGUUCUGAAAAGAUCACUCUUCUUAACAAAAUUGAAGGCUUGAAUGCUUUUGAUACAGAAUUAAUGAAGUUCACCAAAGAUCAGUGCUCCAUGCCCAGGAAAGAAAUGUCUUCAAGGCUAAAUAAUCUUUUGGAGUUAGCUCAGUCUGUUAAACAUGGUAAUGCAAGAAGUAAGCGAAUCAAACUCAUUAAAACCUUAAAAGCCAAAAUACCCAAAAUCAAGAGAGACAAAUCCGCAUCAAAGGAAGAAGAUUCUUUCAAAACGGAUGCUAAAAGUAAGAAAAGUGAUUAUGUUUCUACUGAAGAAGAAGAAUGUACAAGCCCUAAAGUUGAAAAAAGGAAAAGGAAGAGAGAAUCCAAAACUUCCACUCCUUCCCCCAAAGAAAAUGUGGACAAGGGUUCCAGUGGAAAUACAGCUUCAUCUGGUGUGAACAGGAGAACAGCUGUUUUAUUUACUAGAAAGGCAGCAGCUGCUUUAAAGAAGCCUAACCAAAGCAGUUCAGUGCGUCGGCGAGGAAGACCUUCAAAGAAUGCUUCUUCGGAGCCAACUGAAAGCAAUUGCUCCAGCACAUUAGACAGUUUUAGUAUUUAUCGCAGCUCGGAGACUAGUGUGAAAUCUGAGGAAUCCCAUUCUGAUGAUGGUUCUUGUUGUUCUGGUUGCUCUGGGAGCCGAAGUGAUUCAAGUAGUGGAAGCUGCUCAGAUUGGACUGAAAGUGAAGAAGGUUCUGCCCAGAAUACUUCAAUGGAGGCUCUUGAUCAGUUACAACUUGUAUGGGCAAAAUGUCGGGGUUAUCCAUGGUAUCCUGCUUUGAUUAUCAAUCCUAAAAUGCCCAGAGGAUAUGUUCAUAAUGGGGUUCCCAUUCCUUCUCCACCUGCUGAUGUGAUUGCAUUAGCAAAUAAUUAUACAGAACCAGUGUAUCUUGUUUUAUUUUUUGACACAAAGAGGACAUGGCAAUGGUUGCCACGAAACAAACUUGAGCCAUUAGGCAUUACUUAUGAGCUGGAUCAUAUUAAAUUAACUGAAUCAAGAAAACCAGCUGAUAGGAAAGCAGUAAAGAAAGCCUAUCAAGAAGCCAUGGCUCAUAGAACCCAGAUUGAUAAAAAAGCCGAAUCACCAAAGAAAAUUUAAGAGAAUUUAUGAUACACCAAUUAUUUUAUGUUACUAACUUGUUCGGUGAAAUAUUUAAAUAUCAUCCAAAAUCUAAUAAAUUGAUGUUAGAAUAGAAUAAUAUGUUGUUAAGUCAAUGUGGAUCAAUAUUGAUUUAUUGUAGUUUUUUUAGUUAAGCUGAUCUAUUUGGCGUGAGAAUACUUUAUUUUUGAAAAGGCUGAUGUGACGAUGGUGAUGUUUAUAUGUAAAGAGAGUUAGAAAUGUAUAUAAUAUAAUAAUUUCUUCCAGUUUUUAUUUAAGUUCUUUCUUCUGUUGGAAAUAGAAUUAGUAAACAUGUAUUAUGCAUGUAAUGCCAUUUUAUUUUUUUCUAAGCAUUAAUAUUUAUUGUUUUUCACCACUAUGCCAUUUUAAAUAUGUCUAUUUAAUCAAAUUAAUGUUGUACUAGUCAUGUAAAUGUUUAAGACAGUCGAAGCAAUUCAAUUUGUUUUAUCUUUAUUAGUAGGAUAUUGAUUAUCACAAAUGUUCUUUCUAUCUGAAUGUACAAAAAGACCAAUGUUAUUUUGUUUUAAGAGUAUUUAAAAAAUUAGGAUUGGUCUAGAUAGGUUUAGUGUACUUAAAUGUUGUUAUUUAUUGAUGUUAGAUAAAGAUAUUAUGACUACGAUUCAUGUGCUCACAUGAUUUUAAUACAUGUUAGAAACAAUACGUAUUACAGUACGUUUAUUUGUUCUGUUUCUAUUCUUUACCAGUAUUAGUUAUUUUAAAUCAUAAUAAACUAUGAUAUUUCUCUGUUA